AUGUCUCUCUCAAACAAGCUGUCAAUCGCCGAUGUUGACCUCAAGGGCAAACGCGUCCUGAUUCGAGUGGAUUUCAACGUCCCACUCGAUGGCGACAAGAUCACAAACAACCAACGCAUUGUCGGAGCUCUCCCCACAAUCAAGCAUGCGAUCGACAAUGGAGCCAAGGCUGUCAUCCUCAUGUCGCACCUCGGCCGUCCGGACGGAAAGCCCAACCCGAAGUACAGCCUCAAGCCGGUUGUUCCCGAACUCGAGAAGCUGCUUGGAAAGAGCGUCACUUUUACCGGUGACUGUGUUGGCAAGAAAGUAGAGGAGACUGUCAACAGCGCUAGCAAUGGACAAGUCAUUCUAUUGGAGAACUUGCGCUUCCACGCCGAGGAGGAGGGCAGCUACAAGGAUGACGAGGGCAAGAAGCAGAAGGUUGACAAGAGCAAGAUUGAUGAGUUCAGGAAAGGAUUGACUGCCUUGGGAGACAUCUACAUCAAUGAUGCUUUCGGUACCGCCCACCGUGCUCACAGCUCCAUGGUUGGUGUCGAUCUUCCCCAAAAGGCUUCAGGCUUCCUUGUCAAGAAGGAGCUCGACUACUUCGCAAAGGCGCUCGAAGAGCCCAAGAGGCCCUUCCUUGCCAUCCUCGGCGGUGCCAAGGUCUCAGACAAGAUCCAACUCAUCGACAACCUGCUAGGCAAGGUUGACAGCUUGAUCAUCUGCGGUGGUAUGUCAUUCACAUUCAAGAAGACACUCGAAGGUGUCAAGAUCGGCAAUAGCUUGUUCGAUGAGGCCGGCAGCAAGACAGUCAGGGAUCUCGUUGAGAAGGCAAAGAAGAACAAUGUCAAGAUUGUUCUGCCAGUCGACUACAUCACAGCCGACAAGUUCGACAAGGACGCAAAGACCGGCUACGCCACAGAUGAGGAGGGCAUCCCAGAUGGAUGGAUGGGUCUCGACUGUGGCGAAAAGUCAAUCAAGUUGUACAAAGAGGCAAUCAGCGAGGCAAAGACCAUUCUUUGGAACGGUCCAGCCGGAGUAUUCGAAUUCGACGCCUUCGCAAAGGGUACUAAGGAGACGCUCGAUGCGGCUGUCGAGGCUGCGCAAAGCGGUAAGAUUGUCAUCAUCGGUGGUGGUGACACUGCUACUGUCGCCGCAAAGUAUGGUGUCGAGGACAAGCUGUCCCACGUCUCGACUGGUGGCGGUGCGUCGCUGGAGCUUCUUGAGGGCAAAGACCUGCCUGGUGUGUCUGCGCUGUCAAGUAAGUAA